AUGGGCACCAAUCGUGCAAAAGAAAGGAAGCUGGAAGAUGAGACGAGAAAUCUGAUAGCUCGUUUGCCAAAUGAAAUAGCACUUGACAUAGUCUCGAGACUUCCUAUUUCAUCUCUCAUUCAGUUCAGGUUUGUAAGCCAAACCUGGAACGUGUUAACCCAUGAUUCGCGCCUUUUCGAUCUGCAUCUAUCUUGUGCAUCGAAGAUUAACCCAUGCCUCAUCUUCAAGACUUACCAUCCUCAGAAAGAGCAGCUUUUCUUCGUUGAACUGUCUGAUCAUCAUCAUGAUGAUCACACAUUGAGAGAGCUUCAGAUUCCCUUUUUAACAUCCAUGCAUAUAUUUCGAGUUGUAGGCUCAUGUAACGGCCUGCUAUGUCUAUCUGGUGUUUAUGACCAUGAAGCAGUGUACAUAUACAACCCUUUCACUAGACAACACAAAAAGCUGCCAAAUUGUAAUGAGCUUGAAGUGAAUGAAGUGGUUUAUGGUUUUGGAUUUCAUCCUGCUACUAAUGAGUACAAGGUGAUCAAAGUAGGCUACUAUUCUCAUGUCUAUUAUGUACCUUGGUGUUAUCACAAGUCCGUAAAAUAUGAUUAUCCACUCUCAGAGGUUCACUUGUUCAAUCUGAAAAGCAAUACCUGGAGAACUUUAGAGGAAUUACCUUACAAACUUCAUCAUUCACCUGGUGUUUUGGUCAAUGGAAGGCUCCAUUGGGUAACUAGAUUUAACUGGCACCUUGAUCGCCUUAUCAUUGCCUUUGACCUGUUUGAUGAUACAUUUCAAGAAGUUCCAAGGCCUGAUUUCAAUGUCAACUUAUUUCAUUGUAGAUAUCAUCUGGUUGCUCUAAGAGGGUGCCUUUGUGCAUGUUUAUUUACACAUAAUGGAGAUAACUUGGAAAUUUGGAUCAUGGAAGAAUAUAACAGGAAAGACACUUGGGUGAAACAGUUCAAUAUUGGAGCUUGUUCAAUUGUGGGUCAAGAUUUGGUUCAGUCAUAUGACAUUUGGAGGACUAGUUUGCAAAAGGGAACUGUUACAGUGAUGUACCUCCUCAAUAACGGUGACAUCUUGCUAGAUUGUCAAGGUGGGAAUUUAAUUGCUUAUAGCACAGAUAAGAAAAUGUUGAAGAGCAUAAGCCUUAAUGGUAUGCCCAAGUCCUGUCAAGCAAUUGCUCAUGUUGGAAGCCUUAAUUGGAUAGCUAACCCCAACUAG